AUCAUUUCGAUUUUUACGAAAUAUGGCAGCCUCCUUGAGACGAUUUUGGCAACCGUCUCUGAAUUUAUUUCAAAGAAUUGCAGGAAAUAGAACUAUUUCCACUUCCUGCGUGAGACAACAAUAUUCAGAGGCACCAAAAGAUCGCAAAACAACGGUCAAACCUCAAGACAUAACAACUCAUGAAACACUUAAAGAGUUUGGACGAUAUGUUGGCUCUUGCAUGCCCAAAUUCGUGGAAAAAGUUGAAGUUUCAAAUGGCAAUGAAUUAGAUGUUAUGAUACAUCCCGAUGGUGUCGUUCCUGUUCUGUCCUUUUUAAAAGAUCAUAUGAAUGCCCAGUUUACAAAUAUUGUCGAUAUAGCAGGAGUUGAUGUACCAACCAGGCAGUACCGUUUUGAACUUGUGUAUAUGCUAUUAUCUCUACGUUUCAAUGCAAGAAUCAAGGUUAAAACUUAUACGGAUGAAUUAACCCCAGUGGAUAGUGCUGUAAGUGUAUUUAAUGGUGCCAAUUGGUACGAAAGAGAAAUAUGGGAUCUAUAUGGUGUCUAUUUCGCCAAUCAUCCAGAUAUGAGAAGAAUCCUAACAGAUUAUGGAUUCGAGGGUCAUCCUUUCAGAAAAGAUUUCCCAAUUCAAGGCUACGUUGAGCUACGUUAUGACGAUGAAGUUAAGAGAGUUGUGGCCGAGCCGGUUGAAAUGGCUCAAGAAUUUAGAAAAUUUGAGUACAAUUCCCCAUGGGAAUCGUUUCCAAAAUUUCGAGCAGUCGAAGAUGUUCCAUUAGCUGAAAGUGAAACUAAGAAGAUCGAGGAAAAGAAAUAA